CUCCUGCCCCUCCUGCCCGGCCUGCCGCUGGCCGCGGCCGCAGGGACCGCGGGGACAGAGCCGCCCCCGCCGCCCCCUGGCAGCGACAUCGUCCAUCCCAUCAAGGUUGACGAGAGCGGAUCCUUCUUGUCCUACGACCUGACUCACCGAGCCCUUCACCGGAGGUCUCCUGCCUCCAGGAGCAAGUUCCCUGCCUUCUACGAGCUGCAUUACAGAGGACAACCCCUGAAAUUCAACCUGAGCCUCAACAGGAACCUCCUGGCCCCGGGGUUUGUCAGCGAGAGGCGCUUCGGGGGCAUCGCCGGAGCCAAGAUCCAGCCCCGCACCUCCAACCCCUGCCACAUGAUCGGGGAGGUUCGGAGCCGGGCAGAGGGAGGGCUGGCCGCCCUCAGCACCUGCGAUGGCCUGAAGGGCGUGUUUCGGCUCCUGAACGAGGACUAUUUCAUCGAGCCCGUGUCCAGCAGCCCCCGGGAGGAGGGGGCAGCUCAGCCCCACAGGAUAUACAAGCGCCAGGCCCCCCAGGACGGGGCAGAGCGGGGCAGGAGCCCCCCAGCCCCACGGGACACCUGUGGCGUGCCAGAAUCUCAGGAAAGCCUGGAGCGGUCUGAGCGGCGCAGGGAAAGGUGGGAGCAGAAGCAGCACAGGAGGAGAAGGAUUCGGCAGCGCUCCAUCAGCAGGGAGAAGUGGGUGGAGACGCUGGUGGUGGCAGACACCAAGAUGGUGGAGUUCCACGGCAGGGAGAACAUCGAGAAGUACGUGCUGACCGUGAUGAACAUGGUGGCAGGGCUGUUCCACCACGCCAGCAUCGGGAACCCCAUCAACAUCGCCAUAGUGCGGCUCAUCCUGCUGGAGCACGAGGAGGAGGACCUGAAGAUCUCCCACCAUGCAGACAACACCUUGAAAAGCUUUUGCAAGUGGCAGAAGAGCAUCAACGUGAAAGGAGAUUCCCAUCCCCUGCACCACGAUGUGGCCGUCCUGCUCACCAGGAAGGACAUCUGUGCUGCCAUGAACAGGCCCUGUGAGACCCUGGGGCUGUCCCACGUGGCGGGGAUGUGCCAACCCCACCGGAGCUGCAACAUCAACGAGGACACGGGGCUGCCCCUGGCCUUCACCGUGGCCCACGAGCUCGGACACAGUUUUGGGAUUCAGCAUGAUGGAAGCAGCAAUGACUGUGAGCCAGUUGGGAAAAGACCUUUCAUCAUGUCUCCACAGCUCCUGUAUGACACGUCCCCACUCACCUGGUCCCGCUGCAGCCGCGAGUACAUCACACGCUUCCUCGACCGGGGCUGGGGGCUGUGCCUGGAUGACCCCCCAGCCCGGGAGGUGCUGGACUUCCCCCUGGUGCCCCCGGGGGUCCUGUACGACGUGGGCCACCAGUGCCGGCUGCAGUACGGCCCCUACUCCACCUUCUGCGACGACAUGGAUAGCGUCUGCCACACGCUGUGGUGCACGGUGGGGAACACGUGUCACUCCAAGCUGGACGCGGCUGUGGAUGGCACAGCGUGUGGGGAGAACAAGUGGUGCUUCAACGGGGAGUGUGUUCCCGUGGGUCACCGGCCCGAGCCCAUCGACGGCGGGUGGAGCUCCUGGAGCUCCUGGGCCGCCUGUUCCCGGAGCUGCGGGGCCGGAGUGCAGAGCGCCGAGAGGCACUGCAGCACCCCCACGCCCAAGUACGGGGGCCGGUACUGCCUGGGGGAGCGGAAGCGGUUCCGGAUUUGCAACGUCAGGCUGUGCCCCCCGGACAAGCCCUCCUUCCGCCAGGUCCAGUGCAGCCAGUUCAACCCCAUGCUCUACAAAGGGAAGCUCUACAAGUGGACGCCGGUGCCCAACAACAUUAACCCCUGCGAGCUGCACUGCCGGCCGGAGCACGAGUACUUUGCGGAGAAGCUGCGGGACGCGGUGGUGGACGGGACGCCGUGCUACGAGCGGGACGCCAGCCGGGACAUGUGCAUCAACGGCAUCUGCAAGAACGUGGGCUGUGACUACGAGAUCGACUCGCACGCAGUGGAGGAUCGGUGCGGGGUCUGCCACGGGGACGGCUCCACCUGCCACACCGUCCACAAGACCUUCGAGGACAGCGAGGGGCUGGGCUAUGUCGAUAUUGGGAUUAUCCCUGUGGGCGCCCGGGAGAUCCGGAUUGAAGAAGUCGCAGAAGCCGGGAAUUUCCUGGCGCUGCGGAGCGAGGACCCGGAGAAGUAUUUCCUGAACGGUGGCUGGACCAUCCAGUGGAAUGGGGACUACAGGGUGGCAGGGACCACCUUCACCUACAAGAGGACGGGGAACUGGGAGAACCUCACCUCUCCAGGGCCCACCGUGGAGCCCGUGUGGAUCCAGCUGCUGUUCCAGGAGACCAACCCCGGGGUGCGGUACCAGUACACGAUCCAGCGCCCGGCCGACAGCGAGAACGAGAUCGAGCAGCCCGAGUUCCUGUGGCGCUUCGGCUCCUGGACCACCUGCACGGCCACCUGUGGCACCGGGGUGCAGCGGCAGGUGGUGCACUGUGUGGAGAAGCUGGCUGGCAUCGUGGAGGAGCGGUUCUGCGACGCACUCACCCGCCCCGACGACCAGCAGCGCCCCUGCAGCGAGGAGCCCUGCCCGGCCAGGUGGUGGGUCGGGGAGUGGCAGCAGUGCUCGGCCUCGUGUGGCAGCUCGGGGCUGAUGAAGAGGACGGUGCUGUGCAUCCAGAGCGUGGGGCUGGACGAGCAGAGGGCCCUGCAGCCUGCGGACUGCCAGCACCUCCCCAAGCCCGAUGCCACCGCGCCCUGUCACUGGGACGUGCCCUGUCCCUCCCAGUGGGCCGUGGGGAACUGGUCUGAGUGCUCCACGACGUGUGGAAACGGGACCCGGAGGCGCCCUGUUGAGUGCAGCCAGGGCACGGGGACGGGCUGUGACCCCGCAGAGCGGCCCAGCACGGAGGCUCCCUGUGCCCAGCCACCCUGCCAGGACAUCCACAGUGCCAGCACCAACAGUGCCAACACCCACGGUGCCAACACCCACGGUGCCAACACCGACGGGUCUGGCAGCGGCUCCUCCAGCAGGGAGGUGUUCAAUGAGAUCCACUACAUCCCCAGCAACCACAUCGCGAAAUUUAACCCCCUCAUCCCACACGUCCCCGAGUCCAACGAUGUCAAUGUGAUCCCUGAGGAGGACUUCCCAGCCAGCAAGGGAAACGUCUUUGUGGAUGACUUUUACUAUGAUUAUAAUUUUAUCAACUUCCACGAGGAUCUGUCCUACUAUCCCUUCACGGAGAAGGAGACCAAAGGUGAGGAGGCAAAGCCAGAGCUGAGCAACAACGACGUGGAGGGGCCCUGGGAGGUGCCCACUGCUGUCCUGCUCACCACCGAGCUGGCAGGAGGGAGCGAGCACCAUCUGGGCACCAAAGCCUCUGCUCCUGUGGAUGAGGGGGAGAUGGAGCCUGAGGAUUUAGCCAGCAAUGACUUCCUGAGCGUGGUCCCCGAGGAUGCAGGAUCAGCCACUCCCAAGUACACCAUCCCUGGGUUCAUGGGUGAGGAGGAGGACACAAUGCUGGUGCCCCGUUCCGAGGACCACCCACCCACCCAGAGCACCACGAGUCACAGCUCUGCCAACAGCCACAACCACGCAGCCCUGGAUGAGCCCCACGGGGCUGUGCUGACAAGGACAGGUCCUGGGCAGGAUGCUCCAGCCCGUGGCUUCGCUCCCUGGGGUCCCCACCCAGCUGAUCCCCCUGCUCCGCUGCCCACAGCCUGGGGCAGUGCCGGAGUGGAUGUAUCCGAUGUUCCUGGAGUGCCGGGGAGCCGCAGCGAGGGCUGUGCGGGCACAGCGGGGCCGGGGCACCCCGGCAGGGAGGGGCACGGCGGGGCCGUGUCUGCGGGGACAGGCCACGAGGACUCCAGGGAGACGGGUCCUGUCCUCACUGGUGACACUGACGGUGACACCACGGAGCAGGACAGGGGGGCAGAGGUGCCAGGACCAGCCACUCAGCUCAGCUCCAGCAGCCUCACCCAGCAGGAUGCCCUGGCCCCAGCCAUGCCCACGGCCCCAGCUCACAGCCCAGCUGCACACCCAGUGGGAGCAUCCCCCUCCAAGGCCCCCCUGGAAUGGUGGACCCUGGGGGUGUCCCCCCACCCGGAGCCGGCAUCGCCCCGUACUGAACAGACCCCCCAUGGGACCCCACUCAGCAUCACCAUGCCAGGGGAACCCUGGGCACCCCCAGGGACAUUUGCCUUCAGUGAUGGGGGGCACAAGUGGUCCCAACCCUCCCCUGCCCCCCCACCGCUCUGGGAGAAGAGGAUGGAGGAGAAGGAGAAGGCUUCGCUUCCACCAUCAACCACCACGGCAGCCACUGCCAUGCCCAGCUGGGAAGUUGGGAACUGGAGUGAGUGCUCGGCCACGUGCGGCGUGGGCGCGAUCUGGAGGAGCGUGCGCUGCAGCAGCGGCAGCGACGACGGCUGUGCCUUGGCCAACAGACCCGUCCCGGCCCGGAGGUGCUCCCUGAGACCCUGCUCCUCGUGGCGUGUGGGCAACUGGAGCAAGUGCUCCAAGAACUGUGGUGAGGGGACGAAGGUUCGGGAUGUUCAUUGUGUGGACACCAGAGACCAGCGGCUGCUGCGGCCCUUCCACUGCCAGGCCGUGCUCCACAAACCCCCGGCACAGCUGCCCUGCCACGGCCCACCCUGCCUGGACUGGUACACGUCCUCCUGGAGAGAGUGCUCGGAGUCCUGUGGUGGAGGGGAGCAGGAGCGGCUGGUGACGUGUCCGGAGCUCGGGCGCUGCGAGGAGACGUCGCGGCCCAACACGACCCGGCCCUGCAACACACACCCCUGCACCACCUGGGUGGUGGGCUCCUGGGGGCAGUGCUCGGCUCCCUGCGGAGGGGGCAUCCAGAGGCGCCAGGUCAAGUGCAUCAACACCAAGACAGGGGUGGCCGAGGAGGACAGCAGCCUGUGUGACCACGAGCCCUGGCCCGAGAGCACCCAGAAGUGCAACCCCCAGGACUGUGACAGCUCCGAGCCGGGUGUCCCCUGCGAGCGCGACCGCCUGACCUUCGGCUUCUGCCAGACCCUGCGGCUGCUGGGCCGGUGCCACCUGCCCACGGUGCAUCUGCAGUGCUGCCGGAGCUGCCGCCGGCAGGGGCUGCCCGGCCGGGACCGCGGGGACGAGCGGCUCUCCCGGAGGUGA